AUGCUGUUUCCCUUCCUUCUCUUUCCUUUCUUUUUUUCGCUCUGCACUCUCCUGCACACGGCGCACGUCCGAGCAACAAAGACCCUGAAAGAACUGGAGAAGCGGAGAAGUCUGGAAAGCCAGCGGCCCCAAGAGCGCCUCCAAACCUCGAUGAGUCGGCUCGACCAACCGUUUCUUCAGCAGAGUUCUCUCGAGAUUCCUGGUUCCUGGGAAUAUUCGCGGCUCUCCCUGGCAGGUAGAAGCAAUUUUCGACUGCCUCCCAAAGCUACAAGCAGCGGACGUGCGGCCGAUUCAACACAUUAA